UCUGUAAUCAGUGGAGAUGGAUUCUUCUAAUGUGUCUUCCGUUAUUAAUGAUGAUAUUAAAAAAGUUAAAAAGGUGUUUACGUUAAGUUAGGUUGACUGUUUAAAAGUCACAUGCAGGUUCAUUGAUGAACAACUGAAGCCAAGUUUAUAAAUCAUACGUUUUUAGUAGCGAAAGCCUUUUAACCUUUCUUAGGGCCAAUUAUUUAUGCAGCUAAAUCAUGCUAUUCGAGUCAGUGAUAUUAGGAUGACACUACAAACAAAAAUACACAUUAUGCAAAAGAUAGACAACCGAACAAAUCCACCUUCGUAAUAGGUGUUUAUCAUUAAAUUGUUAGGCUAAAUCAGACGAUACAGUGCAGUACAAUGCGGUUUAUACAUAACACUAUGAUAUGAUGAACAUUGCUGCAGUCGCUAAUGUGACCACAGUCGUUUAUUAUGGUAACAAAAUGGUCCAUUGCCCCCCUGGCUGAGUGCGCAGCCAACCAUGUUUGUAAACUGGAAAAACAAGCAAGUAUCCACUUUUGUUUCUAAGCUGCUGCAAAGAUAAAAUGAUAAAGACCAGAACUUCAGAAUUAAGUAAAAUAACAAUUGAUAGCAAAGCAGAUAUGUAGAAAUGUACACAAUAUUGUUUCAUUCUCUGAACCACAGGGGGCAACCAAACAUACCAUCAAGCAUAAAAGAAGCAUUAUAUAAUACAGAUAUGGAGAAUUAAGGCCCGCCCAUCUUUGCACCUGAGCAAGAAUCCAACUGGUCUCCAUUCUACGAUGAAUGAGGAGAGAGAGGACUGGGGUCCCAACUCUAAAACCACUCUGUCUGGGGAACAUGGCCGCCAGAGCAAAGCUAAGAGCCCAGAGCAGCAGAAGAGAGUAAACUCCCCUGUACCAAGCUGUGUCUCCAUGAAGAGUGAUGGGUCUAUGGAUUUUCCUCCUAACUUUCAGGAUGGAAGUCACCAACGUGCUGAGAGCAGUGGGAAGCAUGAGGGUGCAGUCUUCCCUGGACCCAGCUGUGUCUCCAUGAAUAGUGACCGUUCUAUGGGUCUUUUUCCUGACUUCAAAAAAGGACAACCCUCCAGAAAGGAGAGACAACACCAGGUGUGUUCAAAGGUUACCGGUGCUCAGUGUGUACCGCAACUUCAAACAGAGCUGAUCAAGAUGGCUGAGGAGAGGGUACACGCUUUUGUAGACAAGGAGCUGAAGAAGCUCUGGAGGGAUAUUUUCCCGCAUGACCCACAAGGCUCAGAGACUCAGAGGGAGGAGGAGGAGGAGUGGUCGGAUUGUAAGAAUGAGGAUCAGAGGAGGCGUGCCAUAGAGGGAGUAGUAGACAUCACAAAGCUCUGCCUGAUGGAGCUCAACCAGGAUGAACUCGCCGGCAAACUGAGGAGCGAAUCUGUUGCUGUAGAGUGCCAACAUAAAAUCAAGGCUCAUCUGAUGGAGAAGUUCAGGUGUGCGUUUCAGGGAGUUGCUAAAGCAGGACUGCCAACAGGUCUGAAUACCUUCUACACAGAGCACUACAUCACAGAGAGAGGCAGUGGAGAGGUCAACAAGGAGCAUGAGGUCAGACUGAUUGAAACAGCUGCCAAGAAAACUGCCAAGGAGGGAACAAAAAUUAAAUGUGAAGACAUCUUUAAACCCUUGCCGGGACAAGAUCAACCAAUCAGAACAAUAAUGACAACUGGGGUAGCUGGCAUUGGUAAAACCGUUUUAACACACAAGUUCACUCUUGACUGGGCUGAAGGCAAAGCCAACCACGACAUACACUUCACAUUUCCCAUCUCUUUCAGAGAGCUGAAUUUACUGAAAGAGAAGGAGUUUAGCUUGGUGGAACUUCUUCAUCAUUUCUUUAUUGAAACCAAAGUGGCAGGCAUCUGCAGAUACGAUCAGUUCCAAGUGGUCUUCAUCUUGGAUGGUCUGGAUGAGUGUCGACUUCCUCUGGACUUCCAGAACAACCAGAUCUGGACUGAUGACACAGCGUUGACCUCGGUGGACGUGCUGCUGACAAACCUCAUCGAGGGCAACCUGCUUCCCUCUGCACGCAUCUGGAUAACCACACGCCCUGCGGCAGCUAAUAAGAUACCUGCUCAGUGUGUUGGCAUGGUGACAGAGGUGAGAGGGUUCACCGACCCACAGAAGGAGGAUUACUUCAAGAAGAGAUUCAGAGAGUGUGCCCUGGCAGGCACCAUCCUCUCCCAUAUCAAGAAAUCACGAAGCCUCUACAUCAUGUGUCACAUCCCAGUCUUCUGUUGGAUCACUGCUACAGUACUGGAUGACUUCUUCAAAACAUCCCAGAGAGGAGACAAGAUGCCCCAGACCCAGACUCAGUUGUACAUCCAUUUCCUGAGAGUUCAGUCCAUACAAGGGAUCAGGAAGUAUCAUGGGAGCGCAGAAACAGAUUCUCAACGGAGUUCAAAGAGCAGGGAGAUCAUUGUUUCUCUGGGAAAACUUGCUUUUAACCAGCUAGAUAAAGGCAACCUGAUCUUCUACGAGGCAGACCUGGCAGAAUGCAGCAUCGAUAUCAAAUCAGCCUCAGAAUACUCAGGAGUGUUCACCCAGCUGUUCAAAGAGGAAUGUGGACUUUACCAGAUGAAGGUAUUCUGCUUUGUCCAUCUGAGCAUCCAGGAGUUUCUGGCUGCCCUUUAUGUCUUUCUGUCCUUCAGAGACACUGGUGUAAAUCUGCUCUCAGAAGAACAACUGAACUCGCAGGAAGAAGAAUUCCUCUACCAGAGUGCUGUGGACAAGGCCUUGCAGAGUGAGAACGGACACCUGGACUUGUUCCUCCGCUUCCUCCUGGGUUUCUCUCUGGAGACCAAUCAGAUUCUCCUACAAGGUCUGCUGGGACAGACAGCAAGUAGCUCAUGGACCAAUCAUGGAAUAGUGUCGUACAUCAAGGAGAAGAUAAGUGGAGAUCUCGCUCCAGAGAGAAGCAUCAAUCUGUUCCACUGCCUCAAUGAGCUGAACGACCAUUCUCUAGUGGAGGAGAUUCAACAGUACCUGACAUCGGGAAGUCCCUCCAAAGAAUCUCUCUCCCCUGCUCAGUGGUCAGCUCUGGUCUUCAUCUUACUUUCCUCAGAAGAGAAUCUGGACGUGUUUGACCUAAAGAAGUACUCAGCGUCAGAGAAGGGUCUUCUUAGGAUGAUGCCAGUGGUGAAAGCCUCAAAAACAUCUCUGCUGAAUGGCUGUCAGCUGUCAGAGAGAUGCUGUGAAGCUCUGUCUUCAGUUCUCAGCUCCAACUCCUCUAGUCUGAAAGAGAUGGAUCUGAGUGGUAAUGAUCUACAGGAUUCAGGAGUGCAGCUGCUCUCUGCUGGACUGAGGAGUCCACACUGUACACUGCAAACUCUCAGGCUGAAUGACUGUAAGCUGUCAGAGAGAUGUUGUGAAGCUCUGGCCUCAGUUCUCAGCUCCAGCUCCUCUAGUCUGAAAGAACUGGACCUGAGUGCCAAUGAUCUUCAGGAUUCAGGGGUGAAGCUGCUCUCUGCUGGACUGGGAAGUCCACACUGUACACUGGAAACUCUAAGGUUGUCUGGCUGCCUGGUCACACAGGAAGGCUGUGCUUCUCUGGCCUCAGCUCUGAGAUCCAACCCCAACUAUCUGAGAGAGCUGGACCUGAGCUACAAUCACCCAGGAGACUCAGGAGUUAUGCUGCUCUCUGCCGGACAAGAGGAUCCACACUGCAGUCUGGAGACUCUCAGUGUCGAGCAUGGUGGAGUGUGGAGGCUGAAAUCAGCUCUGAAGAAAUAUGCCUGUGAACUCACACUGGACCCAAACACCGCCAACGUAAAACUCUCUCUGUCUGAUGACAACACAAAGGUGACAGUGGUUGAAGAAAAACAGUCGUAUCCUGAUCACCCAGAGAGAUUUGACUUCUUUAAACAGGUGUUGUGUAGAGAGGGUCUUACUGGCCGCUGUUACUGGGAGAUUGAGAGGGAAGGAGAUAUUGCCACAGGAGUGACAUACAGAGGAAUCCCAAGGCUAGGAUAUGGUGGUGAUAGCGCAUUUGGAUGGAACAGCAAGUCCUGGCGUAUUGAUUGUCGUAAAGAUGGGUACACUGCCUGGUACAACGGUAUUAGAACAGAAAUAUGUCUUCCCCCCCCUGGCUCCAACAGGUUAGGAGUGUAUCUGGAUUGGUCUGCUGGUACUCUGUCCUUCUACAGAGUGUCCCCAGGUAUUGAAGGGUCCUCAGACACACUGACACACAUCUACACCUUUCAUGCCACAUUCACCCAGGAACUCCACCCUGGGUUUAGGUUAUGGAGUUCUGGGGCCAGAUUCACGAAAAUAUCUUAAAAAGCAAGUGAACCCGCUGCUCUCUUUUGGUGUUUUUCCAUUUGCACUUAGGGCCGUGCCGAGUCAGUACUUGACUUGUGUUUCAGCUACCAGUUUAAACAAGCCGAGCCGCACCCAACGACAUCUCCAAGAUCUGGCCAAAGCGUGCCUGAACCCCCUCAAAGGGGGCUGCAAUGUCGUCAGCCCUGGUUGCUGUUUGGAGCAAGAUGGUCUCUCAAAUUGUAGGAUAUAUAUCUAUAGAAAAGGAAAAACAGUGCGUUCUUGUGUAAGAGAUGAAUCGCCAUUCAAAAGUAUGGCUGGAGUUCUCAACAGGUUGUCACUUAAUUAUUCAUUCGUUUCUAUAACUAUAUAAGCCUAAUGAAAAAGGGUAAUGAAGAUUUAGAUAGAAGUUUGACGUUUUUCUCUGGCAGAAGCAAUUAGCUUGUUGAAAAAGGACAGCUUUCUUUCAGAUUAGUCUUGGUCUAAAGACCUGACAUUGGACAAUAUUUCACACUAUGAGAUUGCUGAUAUCAAUGUGUGUACUGGCCAGGCCAGUAUAGUAAAAUGAAAAAAGAAAUUGUACCGUUCUAGCAUUAUAGCAUCGCAGUGAGCGAUGUUGUUAAUCGAGUUCGCCACACACGUGGCAUGAAACUGAGAAGCUUAAUCUUAACUCUGACAUGGACAUCAAAAUAAACCGCUGACCAGACAGAGCUCCUCGCGUCCACCCAGCCUGCCGCCGAU